CACAUUUGAAUUUUUGUUGAUGGACCGUGCUCUGUCAGAUUUAAGAGAUUCGCUCGCUAAUGAUGACUUGGAUACUCAACACAAUCUAAUAGUUAAAAUCGAAAAUUGGAGUCGUGUUCGCAUUGAUGCCGAAAAUGCCCAGACAAUUAACGAUUGCCUUUACAACGUGCUGCCCAUUUGUUAUUCACAUUCCUUCCAUGAGUGUUCUGUAAGACUUUCAAUGAGUAUUUAUUAUUAAUCCCAGUUAUGUAAUUCCGAUAACUACAUGACCUGGACUUCCCUUUUAGCUUCAUUUCUUGACUCUAAAGUGUUGCUUCAGAAACAUAACUCGCACAACAAUUAUGACUUGUUCAACUCAAAAGAUCUUUGUAUGGUGGAAUACACACUUUCAGGUGAAACUAUUUAUCUUGUUGACGUACUUCUGCAAAUGAACACCACUGCUCUUGUCCCCGAGUUUGGAGAGUUUGUAGCAAAGUAAACUCACCUUUAUUUUAUGUCUGUAGGCGAAUAUUUUCUCUAGACAAGUCGACCUAUAAACGUCAUGAGAAUGCCAUCAGAAUUCUUAUGCUUCAUAAAUGGCUAGAUCUUAACUUUUCUCACGUCUUAAAGCCCACUUAUGAGGUAUGUACGAUGAAAAAAAUUAUAGUAACAAAGCAACUGGGUAGAUAUUUAGAUCCAAAUUCCGUUUUGGACUGGAUGGGUCUAAGAAUUCGGACUAAUAUAAAAAAAAAACACUGGAGAGGUUGCACAGUAGCAGACAAAAUACAGAUACUUUUAAAAUCUUUUGAUCUGUCUACAUUGGCAGCAUUGCUUGGUCAGUCUACAACUUCUGAUGGUGGAAAACAGGUUAAUGUAAGUGUUUUUCAUUUUUGUACUGAAUAUUAGUGUAAGAAACAAAACAUUUACCAUCACAGAGGAACUAAGGAGCAUAUUCAAGAAAAAAAGAUGGGGAAAAAACUCUAUUCAUCUGCUUUGCAAAUAGGAGGUGACGCUCACAUAGAUAUAGUUAAAGAGUUAAAUAAAGAGGGUAAUCAGUCCUUACUAUAUUCACUUGAAGAACCGAAAAACCCAAGCAGUCCAAAUCCACAGCAGGAUAGAGAUAUCACACCAGAAGCUAAGCCAAGAUUAGCGGAUAGAAAUGAUAGAAAGCGCAAAAUGUCUGAUCGUGAAGCAAACGUUCAGACUGACUAUGGGUUCAACACAUCACCGAAGAGAACGAAAUUAAACGGUGAAUGUAGUAACACUAACAAUACAAAUGUGUUGGAAGUAGCAAACGACAUUGACACUAAUCAGAAUAUACGAGAUGACGUUAGUGCAGACACUUCCUUGCAUGGGAAGCCAGUCAUAACAAUGGAAUGGAGUCAGGAUGUAGGUUCACCUAGCAAACGGAAAACACCAAAGAAGGACAGAACCUCGACGGUUAGUGUCAAGAAUGUUAUUGUGAGCCCCACAGCCUCAACUGAGAAGAGGAGGGUAAGUUACAGCGAUACGAAUACCAGAAGUGAGACAGACGUGUUGGAAGUAGCAAACGACAUUGACACUAAUCAGAAUAUACAAGAUGACGUUAGUGCAGACACUUCCUUGCAUGGAAGGCCAGUCAUAACAAUGGAAUGGAGUCAGGACGUAGGUUCACUUAGCAAACGGAAUACACCAAAGAAGGACAGAACCUCGACGAUUCCUGAUGAACUUUCAGCAGACAAAAGUGCAACUGUGAAUAAUGUGGCCACUUUACUGAAUACUUCGGCGUCAUUAUCUAGCGUGGAAUUGAGAAACAAUAUAUGUACUUCAAGCAAACUGAAUAUAAAUAGUGGCUUGAAUAAACCAGUUACCAGGAAGUCAAAAACCACCGAUGCUGCUGGUUGUAAGUCAGAUACUGUGCGAAGUAGAUACUCAUUGCGUACCAGAAAUUCUUUGCGAUAGUUUUGACUUCAGGUUCUUAUCCUUUUAGAGCGCUGAUGUACUGUUCUUAUUAAUAAACACGUUGAAAAAGAUAGAUCAACCUUACGUUUAUUUUUAUUAUGAAGAAUAAGCCUUUCGCGGCUCACGAAAAUAAAUACAUAUCACUUUCAU